AUGCUUUAUCCUCUAAAUACAAAGAUUCUAAAAAACUUUAUUGAAAACGCUUGUUCAAAUGGAUUUGCCGCCGCUAUUCUUUAUGCUUAUAAUUAUCAUAAGCAUUUAAAUCCUGAUGAUGUUUGGCUUGCAAUUUCUCAAGGUGUUAGUUAUUAUAUUAAUUAUAAUCCUGAGAAAUUUCGUGAUAGAUUCGUUCAACAUAAUAAUUACGGAGUUGAUUGGCCUGAAGUUGUAAAUAGACUUGUUACUGUAACUGAUAGCAUGUCGAAAAAUCUAUUUAAAGGUUUCUACUAUUUGAUUUGUGGAAUUCCAAAAGUUACUUUCGAAGGAACCCUUGAAGAUUGGAUGAAACUUCAAGAAAAGAUUACUCAUUUAAGAAAAUUAAAUUCAGAAUUAGAUUUUUGUACAGUACAUGGUUCUGGUGGUGAAUUAGAUGUCAUUGUUGAUGUUCCCUUUAAUUUAUAUGGAUUAAAUUUGAAAUUCAUGGCUGGAUUUAUUGGUGCGAAUCAAGAAAUUCUUAAAGAUUCUGAUGGUGAAUCGGUUGUUACUCCGGUAAUUGGAUGGUCUAUUAUAGAUAAUCUAAAUGACACCGAUGAAUCUGAUAGGUAUUAUUCUGGUGAGUAA